GCAUAUAAUUUUGAUUUCUUUGACACAUGUACAUUGGUUUUUCCAUUUCGGAUUUGUUCCUUUUCUGCCUCUCUUCCUCUUCAUUCAAAUUGGGUAAUUGGUGUUUUUUCAUCGGAAGUUUCAUCUCCCCUAAUUUUUCUCAUCUUAUCGGUUACCGCGUCAUUUACAUAGUAAUAUAUAUCUCUUUCUUGUGUGCAAACCUCAGCAGAAGUCACUAUCUUGCAACUACUACUCACUCAGAUCAUUAGCUUCCUUUUUCUUCUACUAUUCACAUUCUUGGCCCAUAUACAUGUAUAUAUGUGAUUGUUUCCAUUAAUGGUGGAUAAGCAAGAACAUAGGUUAAGUGGAACUGGAACACUAUGGGUAAAGCUGAAUGAAGAUGACGACUAUAAAGAUGAAGAUAAAGUUCAGAUUCAGAGGAAGAAUAAUACUCCUAGUAGGAAUAUAUGUCAUGUGUGCAAUAAAGGGUUUAGCUCAGGUAAAGCUUUAGGGGGUCACGUGAGAAUUCACGCUCAACCCAUUCCCUGGGCCAAGAAACGAAAACAACAGAUGAAGCAACAAGAAGUUGAUAUUUUGAGGAAGAAGAAGAUGGGCCGAAAUCAACCACCAAUUACUUGUUCAAUUUGUGGUAAGAAAUUCGCAUCAAAGAAAUCAUUGUUUGGGCAUAUGAGGUGUCAUCCUGAUAGGGAUUGGAGAGGAAUUCACCCUCCUCCUACUGAUUUAUCAAAGGCUGUAGGUGGUUGGUCAGUUACUGCUAAGAGAGGCCGCAGGACAAAUUCUUCAUCAUCAUCAUCAGAAGAGGAGCAAUUACGCGAUGGCGUUCAUUAUCUUAUGCUGCUAGCCCAUGGACAUUCACUUAAAGAUACAGGAAAAUUGGAAACCACGAAUAGCAAUUACAAGACUGCUGACAAAGAGGAGGAAACGCAUAUUUGUCGGCCGAUAAAGAGGAGGAUGAAGAAGUUAAAGGAUUUAGGGUCCAUACAAGAUGUUUCCAUUUAUAACACAGUAAUUUCUACGGCUGCUACUAGCAGCUCAACAAAUAAUAUUACUACUACAAUGGAUGAUCAUGAGCCUCUACUAUCAUCAUCAUCAAGUCAAAUCUCUUGUGUUAGAAAUAAUACUAGUAGCAGAAUUCUGGAUUUUGAUCUGAAUGAAUUGCCCCUUCCUUCCUGAAGAUGAUGUUCAAGCUGCUGCCAGUGCCAGUAAUCAUGGGUCUGGUGAUUAAUUCUCACCUAACUGUUAACUUCUAUAUAUAAUUAGGAGCAAUACUACUACUAAGUGACAAGUACUUUUGGCGUACGUGUUUGAUAUUUCA